AUGAAGCGACGCGAGAACGAGAUCGAGAAGAAGCCUACGUUCAACAACGAUUCGAAAACGUCGAAAAACGAGAGGAACGUCUUUGACAAGAAGAAGCACAGAUUGAAGAAGUAUAGUAACAAAUACAAGGGUAAGAAGGGUGGUAUCGCGUCGUCGCGAUUGGCGAUUUCGAUCAAUGGCAAGAGCGAAGGAAACGAGCGGUUUUACGUGGUUACUAUAAAGAAAUUCCCAAGGAUCGAUGUGCCCGGCAAAAGGGAACCGAGACUAAGCGGGCCGAAGAAAAGUCCGAGUUUCUUCGACGUAGCGAGAAAAGAGUACGAGCGAAAGAAGGAGGAGACGCUUAGGGUAAAGGCCGAAAGGGAGGAAGCUUUGCGAAAGUACAAAGAGAAGAAAAUGCAGGCGUACAAAAAGCUGUCCAAGAGGACCAAGAAGGGUCAGCCCGUUAUGAAGGAUAGAAUAGAACUUUUGUUGCAAAAGAUACAACAGGAUAAAGCCAACUGA